AUGGUCUUGCCAGACAGAACCCAACAAACGGACGAUACAGGAGCCAUGUCAUCGUCGGGGCAACAAGAAGUCAAUGAAUCUUCUGAGCAAAAUGAUGGAGUGGUCUCUGCAGAACUUAGGAAUCUUACUAUUCCGGCACUAGACGAAAAGUAUAAGGAGACGAUCAAAACAAUUACAACAGAACACAUGUUGAAAACGGAAAGUUUGGAAAAGGAAAUGAAAGAACGUUGUGACAGGAUUGAUGAGGAAUACAAACAAGAGUGCGCAGCUAUGAAACAAGAUCACGAAAAAGCUCUGAAAGAGAUAUCAGAAAAUUUAAAUCAGGAAAGAGACGGCAGAAGAAUAUUAGUUGCUCAACUGGAAGAACAAUUGCAACAGGAACAAAGAGAACGGGAAAAUCAGCUGGAAUUAGAACACAUCAGAUUGAAAAAAGAAGCUUUGGAUAGACACUUAAGAGUUGAAAAUUCGAGAGAUGUCGUUGGUGAACUCAUAAAUAUCCUUCGCCCUGUCUAUGAUGUUGGAAUGUCUCUGAAGAAAAUUAAAAUAAUCUGUUUCUAUUCACGAGUAGAUGGCUUCGCAGUGCCUCCAGGAGAACUUGAUCAAAACUUUAGAAUUAUCCAAGAAAUUGUUGAAUCUUUUCAUCUACACGUGGUUAACUAUUGGAAGUUUAUGAAAAAUACGAGUUAUACUACUGCUCAGUUUUCCGAAACAUGUUCUAAGUUAAUCGAGGAAAUUACGUCAACGAUGAAAUCGGAGGAAUUAAUAAGUAUUUAUGAACGUGUCCCACGUGCUAUUGAAUCAGGUCAAGAACUUGGAAAGUUUGACGAAGUUUUGGAAAAGCACUCGAAAGGCGUCGACGAAUUGGUUUCAAGUGUCGAACGUGGUAUUGAGAAACUAAUUUCGGAGCACAUAUUCUCUUUCACCAAUAUUCUAGCAGAAAGUAGUAUUCCUCAAUUGCGUGACAACAAUGAAGAAAGACUACCGGACGUUUCCUAA